CCAGCUUUGCAUCAUCAGUGCAGGCAGGCAUUUAAAGACGCAGCCGCCGCGGCAGACUGUGCAGUGAGCGUGGCGUGGAACCGCCCUUCGCGAUGCACUCUCCGAUGCAGGUUGCUCUCCUGGUCGCCUUGGGCUUGCUCCUCGCCCACCCCGCGUCCCCUGCGCACCUUCUCCAGAACCAGCUCAGUAGCUUUUCCUGGGAUAACUGCGAUGAAGGGAAGGACCCCGCAGUGAUCAAGAGCCUGACGCUGGAGCCUGACCCCGUCGUCAUUCCUGGGAAUGUGACCAUCAGCACUGAGGGCAAGACUGGUGUACGCCUCGAUACUCCUCUGAAGGUGAUAUUAACUGUGGAGAAGGAAGUGGCAGGUUUCUGGAUCAAGGUCCCCUGCGUGGAACAGCUCGGCAGCUGCACCUAUGAUGACGUCUGUAACAUGCUGGCUACGCUCAUUCCCCCUGGGGAGUCCUGUCCAGAGCCCCUGCAUACCUAUGGACUCCCCUGCCACUGCCCCUUCAAAGAAGGCACCUACUCACUGCCCAAGAGCGAGUUCACCAUACCCGAUCUGGAGCUGCCCAGCUGGCUCAGCACCGGCAACUACCGCGUUGAGGGGGUCCUCGCCAGAGGCCAGGAGCGGCUGGCCUGCGUCAAGAUCGCCGCCUCCCUGAAGGGCAAAUAGCGCAGCAUGGCCACAGCACGUGAAGGGGGAGGAGCAAGGUGUCCUCUUCCUCCAUCUUGUGUUUACCAAGGCUCAAUUCCAACCCUCUGCCCCGUUUCUAGCCCCUCUCUGCAAUGAUUGCACUACCCUCACUGAAAAUCAUUUUGUACCACUUGGGUUUUUGGCUGGCGCAAUCUGCCCUAGCCCAGGGAGGAUGUGUUGGGCAGUUCCUGGUGGCCCAGGACACCUGCUGGGCUGGCCGCCUCAUGGUCCAGCCCACCCUAUGGCUUUCCAAGAGUCUCAUUCAUUUCCAAAGCAGUCAUGGGCUGGGAACCCGUGAGUCUGGGGAAACUCAGUUCAGACUGACCCAGGUUGGCCUCCUGAAACCCCUUGGUGACUUUCUCCCUUUUUUUUUUUUUAAGUCACUGACUUAAAAGCAGAGAGAGCAUAUUAACAUUUUUCGUUCUACUCUAAACCAUUCUUACAAUGAAGGGGCUAAAAUAGUUGCUCUUAGUCUCCUCCUCGCUUCAUUUCUGUGAUUAAUAUCCUUUCUGAGUUUGUCCAGUUAACACUAGGGCUUGGUGUAUCCUGGAGAAGACAGCAGGUGGGGCAGGGAGUCCCUCGGGGGAGACAAUUGGGAAUGUUUGACGUUGGAGAUCACUUACAAACACAGGUUCCUGUGGGGCCAAGCAAGGGACUUCAACGGGUGACAAGGACCACUGGGAACAUGGUGCAUUGAGAUCCGACUUCCAUUUCUCCUUUUUGGAUAAAGCCAAGACCUCCAUUAUUGCACACUCUUGUGAUACUCCAUACAACACACCAGCACACACAUGGGGAUCCAGGGCCGCUGAGGCCCCGUCUCUGCUGGGAAUGCUGGCAGGACAGCCCAUCAGUCCAUGGGGAGCACCUGCUCUCCAGCUCUGCUCAGUGCCAUAGAAGAACACUGUGUGCCCAGCCAGUAUUGCCAGAGAGGCUCAACUUUUUGCCAUUGGAGAGGCCCCAAAUCCAGAUUUUUAUAUGAAAUCUUACCUUUUAAAAUGUUAGCAAUUAUUAUUUUUAAAAAGUGUACAGCCCCAGGGGCCAAAUGGAUGUUUGCAAAAUGCAGUUUGCAACCUUGGGUCUAAUUGUAUGGCCUUGUUCUUUAGUCUAAAGCACAUCCUGUGGCACCAUUUCUCCCCUCAGAGGGGUCCAAACGCACAGUGUGUGGUCUCCAGGAGAAGGCUUGUCCAGUGCUGGUGGAGGUGCGGGCUGUGUCUCAGAGCCCUGAGCUUCAGGGAUCACACGACUGCCUGCUUCAGCCUCAGCGACCCACUGGGGACUGGGGCAGCUGCCGAAGAGUUGGCACCAGCAGCGGCUGCUCUGUGGAGCAGGGUGUGGCGAAGAGGCAGACUUGGGUCAGGCUGCCCAUGGUGCCCACCGCCGCACUGCACCACUGUGACAACUUGCUGAAACCUAGAAUGGCAAUAAACCUUUUGUACUUGC